CUGCUGCUCCUUCGAGGACUACAACCUGACCACUGAGUGGCUCCUGAACCACACCUCCCAGCGCCCCAAGGUGGCUGUGAUCUGUGGCUCUGGACUGGGACUACUGGCUGACGGAGCAGCGAACAAGCAGACCUUCAGGUACCAGGACAUCCCCAACUUUCCCGUCAGCACAGUGGCGGGUCAUGAAGGCUGUCUGGUGUUUGGGACGAUCGAGGACACUUCCUGUGUCUUCAUGCAGGGACACUUCCACCUGUACGAAGGUUACUCCCUCUGCCAGGUGACAUUCCCGGUGCGGAUCUUUAAGCUGAUGGGGGUGGAGACGGUCCUGGUGACCAACGCCUCGGGGGCGAUCUGUCCCGACUAUAAAGUGGGAGACAUCAUGAUCAUCAAAGAUCACAUCAACCUGCCGGGGUUCGCUGGGCAGCACCCACUGUUUGGACCCAACGACGAGAGGUUUGGGACCCGGUUCCCCUGUAUGUCUGAUGCCUACAGUAAGGACCU